CCGCCCGGGCCAACUCCUCAAGGCCCCGCCCCCCUCUGGCUGGAUAAAAGCGGCGGCUCUUCCACCCCACCGCAGCCUGACUUCAGCGCUCCCACUUUCGGCCUGUACCUCAGCCUUCGGCCGUCUGCGCCGCCAUGGAUCUCACCGCCAUCUACGAGACCCUCCAGUUGCUGAGCCCUGACCUGCCUUCCGACCACGGAGAGACUGAGUCCAGCUCGGCCUGGGCCUCCUCGGGACUCUGGAGCCUCGGCUCACCCGACUCCAGCUCGUCUGGGGUGGCUGCCCGCCUGCCUGGCCGCUCCACCAGCCUGGUGGAGGGUCGCAGCUGCGGCUGGGUGCCCCCUCCCCCAGGCUUCGCGCCCCUGGCUCCCCGUCCAGGCCCUGAGCUGUCGCCCUCACCCACCUCGCCUACUGCGACCCCCACCACCUCCUCCCGCUACAAGACCGAGCUAUGUCGGACCUUCUCAGAAAGCGGGCGCUGCCGCUAUGGGGCCAAGUGCCAGUUUGCCCACGGCCUGGGUGAGCUGCGCCAGGCCAGUCGCCACCCCAAGUACAAGACGGAACUGUGCCACAAGUUCUACCUCCAGGGCCGCUGCCCCUACGGCUCGCGCUGCCACUUCAUCCACAACCCCAGCGAGGACCUGGGUGCCUCCGGCCACCCCCACGUGCUGCGCCAGAGCAUCAGCUUCUCAGGCCUGCCCUCAGGCCGCCGAACCUCGCCACCACCAGCAGGCCUAGCAGGCCUUUCCCUGUCCUCGUGUUCCUUCUCACCCUCCAGCUCCCCACCACCACCACCCGGGGACCUUCCACUUUCACCCUCUGCCUUCUCUGCUGCCCCAGGGACCCCGGUGGCCCGAAGGGACCCCACCCCAGCCUGUUGUCCUUCCUGCCGAAGGGCCACCCCCAGCAGCGUCUGGGGGCCCUUGGGUGGCUUGGCUCGGAGCCCCUCUGCGCACUCCCUGGGAUCUGAUCCUGACGAAUAUGCCAGCAGCGGCAGCAGCCUGGGGGGAUCUGACUCGCCUGUCUUCGAGGCCGGGGUUUUUGGGCCACCCCAACCAUCUGCAGCCCCCAGGAGACUCCCCAUCUUCAAUCGUAUCUCCGUUUCGGAGUGACAAGUGACUGCCUAGUGCAGAUUAGCUGGAUCUUAAGGGGGGCCAGUUCUCUUAUGCUGUGGGUUCCACAAGGGGUCCCAAGGCUGCGGGGGAACUGAGGGACUCUUAAUCAAGUAGCUUCACCCCACCUUCCAAAGUGCAUUAACUCACUCCCCUGACCCAACGCUGGGGCAGGUCCCCGGUGUGCAAGCUGUUCAUGCUGUUGGGGGAAGGAGUGUUUUCUGGGGUCUUAAAAAAAUGUAGCAAAUUGGAGGUAGUGAGGCCUCUUUCACCUCUCCCCCGCCCAAUGCUGUGAAUAAUAAGCCCCCGCUGCCCCUUCCAAUUUUUUCUAGAUCCUGAGGUUCCGGUGUCUGAUGGUGACUGGAUCCUCCCCUGAAGGGGAAUCCUGGUGCUCAAAUUUCCCUCCAAAAACAAGCAGCCAAAGCCGUUGCCAACCCCCUGCUCUCCCACCCACCCACCCACGCCUUUGGGCCUUUUAUUUAUGACGACUUUAUUUAUUCUAAUAGAUUUUAUAGUAUUUAUAUAUAUUGGGUCGUCUGCUUCCCUUGUAUUUUUCUUCCUCUUUUUUGUAAUAUUGGAAACGAUGGACUAAUUAUUGUUAUAAGUAUACUAUAAUAUAUGAAGUAAUAUAUAUUGUUAAAAUUUUAUUUUUUUUGGAAUUUUUAAAUAAAAGAAAUCUGUGUGUAAA